AUGGAUCUAGAGGAGACUUUCAGGCAUUCGCUGUACACGAGCUAUGGAGAGAAUAAGUGUAUCUUGCUACCUAAGGACGAAUACAUUAAGACUGUUGGCGAGUUGCUGGAAGCCACCCAGGCACCCAAGAAAUCACCGCGUCAGUUUUACUUGCUUAAAAAAUAUGAACUACUGCAGUGUGGGGACGUUCAAAAGCUCAUCAGAAAGAAGCCAAACCAGGAGCAUCCACUGUACUUCGCUACCAUCGAGGAGACCUUUGACAUCAUCAAGCGCGCUCACAUCGCUACUGGUCAUGGAGGACGAGACAAGAUGAUCAAGGAGAUCAACAAGAAGUACGCCAACAUCACCCAGGAUGCUAUUACCUUGUUCAAGUCCAUGUGCAUUGAGUGCCAGAGAAAACGGAAACGGACAACUACCAAGGUAAUUGUCGUCAAACCAAUCCUGUCUAAGGACUUCAGUUCCAGAGCGCAAGUUGACCUCAUCGACAUGCAGUCUAUGUGCCAAGGUCAACACAAAUGGAUCAUGGUGUACCAAGACAAUCUUACCAAGUUCUGCAUCCUCUCAAGCAUGCAUCGGAAGUAG